UCCUUUCCUGCACAGCCAUAAGCAGAGAGAGAGAGAGAGAGAGAGAGAGGAGCAGAGGUGAGAGAGAGAGGUGGAGAUGACUACAGCCGCCAUUUCCUUUCUCUCAGUAGUAGUGACUCCAAACCAACUCUCUGUAUCCCAACGCAGUUCCAGUGGCCAAGCACUCUGUUUCACCAAAUCUUCUACACUCUUAAAACGCAUCUCUCUUUCUUCUCUUUGUUCUUGCACUUCUUCUUCUUCCCCUUCAAAUCCUGUCAUAAUAGAACAAGAGAGCCCUUCUCCUCCACCGGAAUCCACAACCCCCGACGCGCUUCCUCCUACCGGGGGUUGUGAGGCAUGUGGGAGAGAAAAACUAGAGAGCGGAUGUAAUGGGGAGGGAAGGAUUCAAGGCGGGAUCGCAACAGUCCCAGGAUUUGGUUGGUGGCCAAUAAAAGCCUACAGGCCUUGUCCAGGAUUUGUGGCAUCUGGUGGCAGGUAUCGAAGACGUGGGCAAAGCAUGGAUGAGGUUGUCUCUGGAAGUGGGGGGAGGAAAGAAGUUUCCAUGGCGACUAGCGACGAGGCUAAAUCAAGCAAAAAGAAUCAAGGACCAAGGCAAUUCAAGAAGUAACUUUUCACUGGAAGUUUUGUGGUUUCUCUCUUUGCCAAUUGCUUUGCUGUUCUGUGGAUUAUACGUCACAGAUAUAUGGCAUUGGCUCGCCCUCGAUUUUAGGUGGAAUUGUAAAUGUGAUUCAUUUCUCUACUUCCAAUAUAGCAACAACGAUAUCAAAGGUGCUUCGGUUGGCCUAUGCUUAGGUGCAUUUUUAUUUUUUUUAUCUACUGUACUUAUACCCAUACCUACUGAUAUCAUCUCUUGGUAAGGAUCAAGAACUACGGUGCAUUUGCAUUGUGAGCUGGAUUUAA